UUUAAACUUCCAUCUCCGACGCAGGGUCUAUGAGUGGCUCAAGAGCUUGAAGAAUUUGGAAGCCAUGUCGUCUAGUAGGUUCCGAUUACUGACUGCAGAAUCCCCUAUCGCUUCUCAAAUUCCCAAAACUUUGAUCUCCUUUAAUUCCCACAAUUUCCCUUUCUUUCGAUCGAUUUCUUUCCAAAGGUUACCAUCCAAAUCGCCGUCUUCACUAUCCGUAUCGGCGUCUGCCGCCUCCUCCAAGCCCCUGCAACCCAUUGAACAACUCCCUCCCAAGCUUCAAGAAAUCGUCAAGCUCUUUCAAUCGGUUCAGGAUUCGAGGGCUAAGUACGAGCAGCUCAUGUUCUAUGGCAAAAACCUCAAACCCCUCGACCCCCAAUUCAAAAACAAGUCCAACAAGGUCGAGGGUUGUGUUUCUCAAGUCUGGGUCAGAGCUUAUUUGGAUUCAGAUAAAAAUGUUGUGUACGAGGCCGAUUCGGACUCUGUUCUAACCAAGGGUCUCGCCGCUCUGCUCGUUCAAGGUCUUUCAAAUCGCCCUGUCGAGGAGAUUCUAAGGGUUUCUCCUGAUUUUGUUGUUCUUCUUGGCCUCCAACAGAGCCUCACGCCUUCUAGGAAUAAUGGGUUUUUGAAUAUGUUGAAGUUGAUGCAGAAGAAGGCGCUUGCGUUGCUUGUGGAAUCAGAAAAAGGUAAUGGCAGUGCGGUUUCAUCGUCACAAACAGAUGAUUCUGUUGAAAAAGUAGAAGCAGAAUCUAAUACUGAGAAAUCUGUUGAGGAUUCGAAGUUGGAGGAUAAAGAAAAUCACAGUUCUGAUAUAUUAGGAAGUAGAGGGAAGAGAAUUAAGGAGAAAUUGGAGAGAGAGUUAAGUCCAGUGGAAUUGUAUGUUGAAGAUAUCUCUUAUCAGCAUGCAGGGCAUGCUGGGGUAAAGGGUAGCGAUGGAGAGACUCACUUUAAUUUGAAGGUUGUGUCAAAGGAGUUUGAAGGGAAAAGUUUAGUAAAGAGGCACCGGCUCAUUUAUAAUCUGUUGCAAGAUGAGUUGCAGAGUGGACUGCACGCCUUAUCCAUCUCAGCGAAGACACCUGAUGAACUUUGAAGUCAUUCAUCAUAACUCACUUGAAAAAGUCUAGUGAAGCUUCUUAAGGUUGGGCAUAGUAGAUUGAUUUUGAUGAAUUGAUGGAUUACGAUAUUUGGUUAGAGUGAUCUGUACUAAAAUAGACAGACUAGUACAAAAUUGGGGGGAAAAUCUAAUUUCAUUCUCAACAAUGUUACAAUAUAUCAUUGUCCACGUGAAGUCUUGUGGUGGAAGUCUUAUUCUGACUAUAGCGAGCAUUUUGGUAGCAAGUUCAAGAUUUUGGUUAAUUGUGAAGGCCUUGGUUUUGUUGAGUUGGAAUUAUUAUUUUGGCGAUUUUCUGGAGAUUUUCUUUAAAGAAGACUCAUUUUGGUGCAAAAUGGCAAAAAGCAUCCUUGGCAAGUCGAUUCCCUUCUUUUGUUUCUGCUUGACGUCGGCAGCUGCUUUUUGUUGCAUUUUCUCUCUUUUUAGUUGGUUUCUGAAGGAUAUGAAGAGAUGGUGUUUCAACUUCUAUUGAUUUUGUAAGAGGGUACAAAGUGGUUUUUCGCCUUGUUCUGUGCAGCUGGAGUUUGAUAGCCUUCAAGAUUGUUUUCCAUUAUUUCUUUCUUCAAGCUUUUGGUUGCCUCUUAUCCGAAGGAUAUUCUUCUCUAUUAAGGCUUGUGGAAGCUUCCAUAUCACUGUUUGUUGAUCAUUUUACAAUGUUUGAUUGGUGGUUAUUGAAGGGAUUCAAUAUCUUUUCUUUGAGUGCUGCUUUUCCAAGGUUCCAAUGUUGUUUCAAGACAAGCAUCGGCCUUACCUCGUUCAAUUUGAAGUUGCCAGAGUUAAGGCUUCAUCUUUUUGGUGUGUUCUCCAAUCUAUUUGCAGAAUUUUCUAUGUCUUAUGCUUAACCGGGAUUGUUUUUAUUUAUCCAGUUUAAUUAUCUUGUAUUGAUAUAUGUAUUACUACAAGCAUACUUGGCAAGUUCUUGUUUUGUUUUGUUUCCU